AAACCUUUGGGCCCUACAAUUUAAACUCCGCCUGCAGGCACGGCGGCUUCCACCGCCAUCCGCGAUGCAAAAAAAAAAAAAAAGAAAACCUGAAUAAAGCAGAAAAAAAACAAAGAAAAUACAACUGAAAACGGAAGCACUUGUGACAUUCAAAAGGUCAACGACAGCAACAAGAGGACUACCCUACCUGUCUUCCCUGAAGAUCUAUAUGCAGAAAGAAGCUAAAUAAAUUUUGACUGAGGGGUUAACUCAAGGAUGGGGUUUUACGGUUACAUCGUAGCAGGCGGUUGUUUCAUUCUGAUCGGUGCAUGGGAAUCUCUAGCCUCUUCGAACUCGAAUCCUAAUACUAGCCCUUCUUCACCUGUCGAUGAAACCGGGAGUGCGAUUACUUCAGCCGAUAAAUCCAAAAUGUCUUCUUCAUCUUUAACAUUCAUCGCGAUCUCUGUAGUUUCUUUUCUGUUUAUACUAAAUUCUCUCUUGUCCUUGUUUGACGCGCUUAAUUCCCGUGAUCGGGUCGGCUCGGUUCUCCAAUUGCAAGUACUCGUCAUCGCGCUUCUGUUUCUGUUUUAUGCUGUCUUGGGAUUUUUUGUUAAUUUCAAGACAUCCUUUCAUUUGCCUUGUUCGCUUCUCAACCUGAUUGCUCUCUUCGGCUUUCUUGAAGAGUUCGUGUUGUUUUACAUGCAGAGGAAGGACCCAAGCGGGAUCGAGAAUCGUUACUUCGAUCUCCUACUCGUGCCCGUCACCAUCUGUGUGUUCUCUACGAUUCUUGAAUUUAAAUUGCCAACAUCAAAUUACCCAAGAUUGGCACGUGGGUCUGCGUUGAUUUUGCAAGGGACGUGGUUUUUGCAAAUGGGUGUUUCGUUUUACACGAAUUGGAUGGUUCAAGGGUGCUCUUUGCACCAGAAGAGUAGAGGGAAUUUCACUGUGAAGUGUAAAGGGCACCCUGAAUACCACAGGGGAAGAGGGAUCGCUACACUUCAGUUCAACUGCCACCUUGCUUUGCUUGUGGUUCUGACAGUGGGGUUGUACUCAAUAAUGGCAAGAAAGUACGGGGAUGGCAGUGACUUUUCGCGGUAUAGGCCGCUAGGUGCAGAAAUGCGCCAGAUGGAGAAUAUGGGUAACUUCACCUUGGAUUCUGAUGAGGAUGAUGGGAUUAGAGACGAAGAUAAUGCGGCAAAGGAGGGAGCUAUUGUUGAAACGGGCGUGAAUGGUUUUGGUUCCCAUAAGUGAGUCCUCUGAGUGGCAAAAGGUUAUCCGACUUAGACAAUAAAUGGUUAUGGAAAAUGGGGAUGUCAUUGUCUCCUUUGCUGUAAAUUUGUGAAAAUGGAGAUGUCAUUUUCUCCUUUGUUUUAUACUUGUAAUCCAAUGCACGGAAACGAAGAGAAGUUGUAAAAGGUGGGAUGUGGUGAUAUUCACCUUUUCUAAAAGCUUCCUAAUGGAGGAAAAAGUGGGUAAGGCUUGUGUAGGAGGUGAUGCCAUGUGAAACAA